AUGGUGCAUGACAAUGAGCAAGAAAGAUACAUCAACGAGUUUGAUCCAAAGGAUUAUUAUGAAACCUAUUAUAAUCCUAAAUCAGGAGCUUUGGUUGGAGAGUGGACACAUUUUAUUAUAAAGAAUCUUCAUGAAAUCUUCUCUACAGGUAAAAUCUGAUAUAGUGCAUAAAGUACAUUAAACUGUUUUAAAACAUUGAUACACACUUCUGUAUGUAUCUGUUCCUUUCCCCUAUGUGUUUAUUAAUAAUAAUCUGCUAAACAUCAUCAGAUAGUGAUACUAUACACAUCAUACACACACACACACACACCACGUCUGUCUGCUUUCCUCACCAAGGUGCUGCUCCAGGCACUCCCAAUAUAUCAACACGAAUGAGAGCACUCGCUGAAUUUCUAGUAAUCUUUUGUUUCCAAAGAGGUUACAUUACAUCAAUGUUUCAGUCCAAACAGUGGACUUUCAUCAGGAUAGCCACUACAUAUAGACUAAACACCAAUAUAUAACAAAAUUCUAACACAACCAAGUGACCCAACCCAUUAGAACAAAAUAAUUAUCUGGAAGUAUAUCAAACUACCCCAGGACGUGAUAGCGAUCCCAGACUUGCCUAAAAAUCACAAGAGGUCAUAAACAAAUGACAAAUCAUAGUACAUAGAGUGAACCAUAAUGUCAUAAAAUAAUAAUAAUAAUAAUAAUAAUAAUAAUAAUAAAAUAAGUAAGAUAAACACCAAACAAAAGGCAUUAAGUCGAGAGGAUCUGUGAGCUGAAUCACAAGCCGGCAAGCAGGGGUCUGUCUGAUAAGCAGUGCCCCACCUCAAGUGUGAGAAACAUACAGACAGUAAAAAUGUGCCCAAAGAUACCGUGUAACUCAAUGUGCACAGUGACACAAUGUACAUACUUAUGUAGAAACAUAAUAUCUAGCAUGUAAAAUGAAAUGUAUUACAAUAUCGGCAAAUGCCAAACUAAGUAAACCAAGACAUACACGAUCUAACAUAAAGAAAAAAAACAUUUAGUAAACAUAUUACAUAAACUUUAUUAAGUAGCCUAAUCCUGCGCAUGGGCAGAAUUAUAUACAUACCAUACCAGUGAGAAGUCAUAAUAACAAAUAGAUACACAUGUAUGUAAGCAAUUGCAUACUGUAAACAUAUGAAAGAUAUGCAACAAAAAAAUAUAGAUCAAAAGCCAACAAACACAGAAGUAUCACAAGUAAGUGGAGCAAUAAAAAACUGACUUAUUUUCAAGGUAAAAAGCAGUGCAAUACAUUAAACUUAUUUAGCCUCCUAGGGGCCACGUGUCCAAGGCUUAGAUCCAAUAUGCCACUCUCCUAAAGGGAUUCUCUAGUGCCUGGAGUGCAAACCUGUUUUCCUGGCACUGCAGAAUCAUGGAGUCCCCCCUCCUCCCGCCCCCGCAGAGCGUGAGGACUUCCAGCGUCGUUUAGAUGACCAAAAGUCGUCUAAGUGACUGUCUGGUAGACAGGCACUAGAGGAGGACUUAACCCUGCAAGGUAAUUAUUGCAGUUUAUAAAAACUGCAAUAAUUACACUUGCAGGGUUAAGGGUGAUGGGAGUUGGCACCCAGACCACUUCAAUGGUCUGAAGUGGUCUGGGUGCCUACAGUGUCCCUAUAAUAAGUUCACGCUCUCUAACGCCAUCCUUUUAAAGUUUAGGGAUAUGGUUAAUCCCAAUAAAUUUCAAAGUGGACAGUUGGUGAUCUUUCUUUAAAAAAUGUAUCGCCAUGGGGGGGCUAGAUCUGGAUUUGAUCUGGCCGAUCUAAUUGAGGCCCAAUGAUUAGCAAAUCGUUCCCUCGUUCCCUUAGUCUUAUCAAUAUAAGCAAGCCCACAUGGGCACACAAUCUUAUAAAUCACAAAUUCCAUCUUGCAUGAUAUCCAGUGUCUUAUCUUAUAUUCUUUUCCCGCGUGUGGGUGGUAAAAGCAUUUAUUGGGCAUCUUCUAGUUGAAAGUAGUGCAGCCAAGAGACCUAUAAAUACCCACUAUUUUUAUAAGACUCCUUGGGCAAAAAUCUUUGUGUUGGUGGAUAUGCAGCAACGUAUUCCUAAGGUUCGUACCCCUGCGAUAACUGAUAAGGGAUGGAUUCUUCAUAGCCAUAGCUAGAAUCGGAUCAUGUUCAUCAUUAAUCGCCAAUUCUUACAGACCACCACUCUUGCCAACUGAUGCGAUUUAUUAUGAAAAGUUUGUGGGAACUCCACUCUGGUAUGCUGUUUAAGGGUGCUCGCUCCCUCCACAGGAUUCUAAUUUCUCCUUACUGUGGUUUCAUGUCUCAUUCUUGCCACUACAAAUGAUCGCUGUAGCACCGCAUGACUGUACCCACAUUCCAAGAGCUUGUCAGACAUCACUCUGACCUGAUCCUCUCUGUUUCUGCGGCCCGAGUUGUUCCUUAGUACCCUCACGAAUUUGGACACCGACAGGGAUUCUUUGAGUGUCUUUGGGUGGCAACUAGCAGCAACAUAAGUUAAUUACAGUCAGUGGGUGUAGGAUAUAAGCUCUAAAUUAAAUUUCCCAUUAGAAGAACGGGGCAAAAUGAAUAUUAAAACUAAAAGGGGCAAGUUCCUCUGUGUGCUUUGUGCCGGUGUCUGCCUCUGGGAAUAAUGUCUGCAUGUUCUGUAUUAUAAUUAGUUAGAUUAUUUUGCUAUAACAGUGCUUAUUGGUUUAACUGAAUUGGUGAUGCUUGCACAAAUUAUCAACUCAGAGGAGGUAUUUUAAUUUUGUUUACAAGCAAAUCACUCACAUUUUCGGGGGGUUAUUGUGUAAUGGUAGAAAGAUAUAUUCAUGCUUUCAUCCUUUGUAGUGUAGAAUUGUUCAAAAAUGAAUCUUUGGAAGGAUUGUGAUUAUGCUUAAAUGAACACUAUAUUGACUAUGUAUAACCAUUUCAUCUCACUGAAUUGGUUGUAGCGCCCACAGCCCUCUGACACUCGCUCUCUAUUAAAGGGACACUGUAGUCACCCAGACCACUUCAGCUCAAUGAAGUGGUCUGGGUGCAAUGUCCCUCAGGUUUUAACCCAUCACAUGUAAACAUAGCAGUUAUGCCAUCUACUGAGAGCCAAGAGGUGCAUCUGCGACGCUGGAGGCAUAUUAUGCUCCAUCAUGACAGAGAAAUGCUUGAAUGCGCGCGUGCAUUUGCCGCGCAUUCGCAUUCGGAUCCUGUGACGUCGGACAGCUCCGUGGGGGAGGAAAAGUCACCAGCGCCGAGGGAGCCUGGCGCUGGAAUAAGGUAAGCUGCUGAAGGGGUUUUAACCCCUUCAGCGCCACGGGAGGGGGACCCUGAGGGUGGGGGCACCCUCAGGGCACUAUAGUAUCAGGAAAACCGCUUUGUUUUCCUGACACUAUAGUGAUCCUUUAAUUUUUAAACCAUUUCAAGCAGUUUCAUACCAAAUAACGAUGCCUGGUCACCCUCAGCCUGGCUCCAACUGGAUACAUGGCUUAGGCAGAGAUUACACAUGUUCGUGUAGCCAUAAGAAUCCACACCUGUAUUGAUGGGCUGCUGCGAUAGGCUGAAAGCCAUUGAUGCUUAGGAUAAUGCUACCUUAUUAGCACAAGCAGCACAGAGGGGAUGGGUUGCUGAGUACUCACAUUCAGCAUUAAAACAUCACAAACUGAUGAAUAUUGAAUGGUAGGCAAGCACCAGGGGAUUCCAGGCACUAUAACCACUUCAAUGAUAUGAAACUGUUAAUGUUUCUACAGCGCUCCUUUAAGCUUGACUGUUUAAUGGAAGGAGCUGGUCCUUUUUCACUGAGCUAAUUCUAUAAACAGUGCUCUCAAUAUUAUCAGAACUGCUAGAAUUCUAAUCAUAUUAACAAUGUUCAUGGUUCAAAAACGUGUUAACGGGUUACUUCUGCUUUUAGAAGUGGUCAUGGUAAUAGGUGUCUGGAUGUACAGUGAAUCUGCUUGAAACACUGCACAUUCAGAGUUAUUUGCACUUGUGUGCCGAGGGCCAGUUAGACCACUGACACACGGCUCAGUACUCUGUUCUUGACUGCCCAUUGUCAAUUCUGCGCAUAUUUUACAGCACUGCAUGCUGACAACUGACAUGCUUUGCGUCUCCCUUUGCAGGCAAAGCCUGCAAGGGGAAGCAUGUGUUUCCCUUUCUUACUUCCACUCUUAACUAAAGCCCUCCCUCCUCUCUAUCCCCCCCUUUUUAAAUGCCUCUCUCCUUCUUCUUUCCCGCUUCCCGCUUCCCACUCCCUCUCCUUUUUCCUGUGAAUUGAACCAGUAAAAUUGUCCAAUUUUUAUGAGAAGCCUUUGAUUGGACAUCUGCAUGACUCCUGUGAUGUCACAAAGGGAUGUGCCGACUAACAUCCCGAUCUUCACUGGCGCUAGAUUAAGGUAAGUAAAACUUUCAUAAACAUUUUUUUAUUUUAUUUUUAGUGGGGGGACAAAGAGUAAUGCUUAAUUGGUAAGGAUAUUGACCAAGGGACAGGUCAGGGUGUCUUCUACCAACUAAAACCAUACGUCUUUAACAAUAUCUCCUGGUCAAAAAAGAGGUCACCUAGUUGUACUCGAUAAACAAGGGGUAACCCUAAUUACUAAAAUUAGAAAAGGAAUGAAGACAGUAUCUAAGGCGUUCACUCCAAAUGGAAGUGAAUGUCUAGGAAUAGGUACAACUUUGGUUAAAUAAGUAGCUUACAUGCCAGGAAAUAUAGUAAAAACCUUUAUUAGUCCAUAAUACAUAGAGCUACUAUUCACAGUGAAAGGGUCCCAAAUAGGAACAGAGUAUAUAUGUUAGGUAUAGGGAAACACCGUAGGGUGCAGACAGUCAUUCCACUAUAGAGGGAUAUCUUGCUAUAAGGCAGAAUCAAUAAGUGGUGAUAAGGAAAGAGGAAAGUGGUCUAAAUUCCUACACAGAGAGGAGGAGAGAAAAAAAAAACCCUAGAUGUCUACUAAUUGAAGAUUAAUCAGGAUCAAAGCAGAAGUGAGGUAUCUCCAGGCUAUUGUAGCAACCAAUAUUCCAUUUCCACCAUACCCCAGAGCCAGUAAAUUAGCAUCUGUCCCUAAUACCUCAGCACCGCACAAAGUUAGUGCCUACCUGAACCAAAGACCCUAUAUAUAUAUAUAUAUAGGUAACUCCAACACAAAAGAAAACACAAAAUACAUGUUUUUUUUUUUAAAAAGGGUGCUACCUAACAAGUGCAAAAAUGCAUAUUAAAAUAAAUCGAGCCCGACGCGUCUUUCAGCGUAUUAUAAUGCCGUUGUCAGCGGCCUUAUUAAUCAGGCCUUAUUCGAAGAAAAAAAAAGGGUUGGAGUAACAUAUAUAUAUAUAUAUAUAUAUAUAUAUAUAUAUUUGUUUUGUCUUUUUUAUUAGGUGAGAUCGUAGGAGAUACCUUAAUCGAUUUUGGUGCUGGACCAGCCAUCUAUGAUCUCCUUUCAGCCUGUGAGGUGUAUAAGAAUAUCAUUACCUCUGACUUCCUUGAGCAAAACCGUGUUGAGCUAAAUAAGUGGCUAAAGAAGGAUCCUGAGGCAUUUGACUGGACUCCAGUUGUCAAGUUAGUGUGUGAGCUAGAAGGAAACAGGUAUGUCUCCAGAUCUGUUCUGUAGAACUGUUCAAAAAGGUUAAUCUUUAAGCAUUACUAUCACUAAAGUCCUAAUGGCCUAAUAACAAAUGGGGCAAAACUAUCCGGGUACAUACAGGGCCAUUCGGACUGCAAACUCUGGACAUUUGAUGGAGUUCGGCAAAGUCUGGAUUUUGUAAACCUGGUCCAAAUGGUGUUAAAUUUGGUACAGAUUACAGCCGGAUCAUAUGCUGCCGAACAGCUAAAAUUCGGGCCCAUAUAAAAAUGUUUUUUUUUAAUUAAAUCCAAACUAUUGUUAACAAGGCCCCCAUAUUACUACAAUUGUGGUAUUUUUCCUCUAUAUACCCCUACCCGCCAUGCAGUAGGUGGGGGCAUAUCUAGGAGAUGUUGAAAACCAGUAACUGUGCAGAAACUUCUCGAGACUCCACUGUUUAUUAGCCCACCAAUCAGAGCUCUCUUACUCACAUUGUAAAAUUUAAGACCUUUAUAUUCUCUCCCUGAUGUUGCCUGUUUCACUUUCUCCUUUGCUCUGACUCCCUGGCCACGCUCUUCUCAUAGCUGGGAGGGUGCAUCCUGCAUCAUUUUCCUAAUAGUAAUUAAUUCUUACACUGCUAAAUAUUUGUUAACUGUUUGCCCACUUGAUCUUGGCGUUGCCAGUGUGCAAAUGGUUCUUCAAAUGAUCAAUUUACUUGCAAAACGUUAUUGAUAAUUUGUGAAUGGCAUCUUGACUGCAUUUGGCUUUAGUAAAUCUGCAAAUUACCUGAUAUUUUCACCGUAUUUUGUCCGUUGUUUUGUCCCGUGUUUGGUGAAUAGUGUUAUAUAAAAUUAAGAAAACAUACUAAUAAGGUAAGGAAUGCAGAUUUUUUUUGCGUAUUCAGAUAAAUCCAUGUCAUGUCUAAUGUGCCUUUGUUUUAACAGUGACAAUUGUGAGAAAAAGGAAGAGAAACUGAGGAAAGCAGUAACACUAGUUCUAAAAUGUGAUGCACUAAAAAAUAACCCAUUUGAACCAAUCGUUCUGGAACCAGCUGAUUGCCUCGUGAGUUGUCUCUGCUUGGAAUCUCCAUGUGUGGACGCAGCCGCUUACUGCCACACCUUGAAAAAUUUUAUGGACUUGCUCAAGCCAGGGGGCUAUAUCAUAAUACAGAGUGUACUAAACAGUACAUUUUAUUACGUUGGAAAUAAGAGAUUUUCAAGCCUGACGAUGACAAAAGAAGAGAUUGAAACAGCUUUUAAAGAAGCUGGUUAUGAAAUUAAGAGGAUGGACGUUGUCCCUCGAGAAGACAGAUCAAGGAUGGACCUCUCGGAUUUUAAAAACUAUUAUUGUGUUCUAGCCCGAAAACCAGUUACUGCGUGAAUAGAACCCCAUGUCUUGUACAAUGAAUUAUGUUUCUUUUUGCAAAUGCAAUUUUUUCUAAUGUUGUAGAGGUGGGUGUUGAGGUCAAUGUAUCUGUAUUAGGUUUAGGGAUCAAAACAUAUAAACAAAAUAAGGUAGAGGAAUUAAAAACAACCAUAAAACAAAUCCUUACACUUUAUUUUGAGACAUAAACAUUGGGUACUCAUAAUAUUCAGUAACAAAAAAUGUUAUGUGCAAUAUUCUUUGUAAUGUUAUAAAAAAUCGUGAUAAAAAUCUUAAAAAUGUUUAUAAAUGAUUUCAAAAAAAUGGUCAUGUUCUAUGAUUGUCCCAUUUUGGAGAUGGAUCUAUUCUUCUAUUUUGGAGGUCAUAAGCUCUGAUCUCCCUUUCCAACCAUUGCCAAUGGUUUUACAUCACAGGAAAGCACUGCUUUCCAAAACACCUUUUAAAUGCUGCAAAGUCCCUGAUUCCUGCCAUGGUUGGAAACCGAGUGCGCUUUCUCUACAGCAAUGGAUGGCAAUGAUUGAGGAAAUUUAAGACCUUUAUAUUCUCUCCCUGAUGUUGCCUGUUUCACUUUCUCCUUUGCUCUGACUCCCUGGCCACGCUCUUCUCAUAGCUGGGAGGGUGCAUCCUGCAUCAUUUCCUCCCAAACUGCCGAUACUACAGGGGCUUGGUCACUCUGUGAAAGUGCCGUGGAUACCAUUUCACAAAUACGAAAUGAGUAGCCCCAGUGCAUGGGCCACCAGAUGGGCCUCCCAAAUGAGCAGGACCCUUUGCAGCCACAGUGGCUGCACCGGCGGUAGUUCUGCGGCUCCAUCAAAUUAUGCUUUCUGUGAUAAUGCACAUUUUGACAAUUAACAUUUCUGAAACAAUAAAUGUAACAACCAUUUUUGACACAUAAUAUAAUUGUACCACACUUACAAGUUUCUAUAAAGACUUGAAGGUUCAUUUUGAUACUAACUGCAAAUUUGUCGGAAUUUGGGCUGAUUGGCUGAUUGUAAAAAUUCCCAAGCUCUAAAACCAAAUGAAGUGAAAUCACAAAUCAAACAAGUUGCACAAUGGACGAACGUACUCGUUUAGAUUCAUGAUUCAAAAAUGUUGUCCGUGGUGCAAAAAAGAAAAGAGAAUAUCUUUAUGAAAAAGAUUAUUGCUGACUAGGGGACAGCUACAAACAUGAUGAAUUUAUUUACAGGUUGAGUGAGAAGUGAUCAAUAGAGGGGGAAAAAAGGAGGAGCAGAAAUAAAAUCUGCAUUUAUAAUUUAAUAAACAAAAUUCUUAGAUAUAGAAUUUUUACUACUACUCAUUUUCCCUCUGCUUUUUUCUAACAUAUUCUGUGACCAAAUGGCUCGGCUUAAGUGUACAUGAUUUGCAGUACACAUAUUGGCCAAUUCACACACUAUUUUGGAUUGUCUGAUUCAAAUAUUUUCUAACCCUUUAUUGACAGGGAGAAUUGUACAAGUUCUGACCAAAACAAAAAAAAAAAAAAGAGAGAAGGAAUGCGCCACAUAAAGGUUGCGGUAACAGGAGAUGAUCAAACAAUUGAACAAAUAGUACUAAAAAGUUUCAUCCAAACAAUGCAAGUUCUUACAUGCAAAUACGUCUCUUAUCAAGAGGCAGGUGCAGCUGUAGGUGCUAAAUUAUUUAUGCUUGGGAGAUGUAGUAGAUCUGAGUGUCUUUAGUCUCCAUAUGUAGAUAGAAAAAAGACAAGGCAACCUAAUAGUGCAAUAUGUCAAAACUUAGUAUGACGGUAUAUUAAUAAUAGUGAUUUUACACUCACAUAUAAAAGAGCUAUGACCAACUCUAGUGUGUAUCGCAUACAGUGAUACAAUCCCCACUUAUAGGAUAUGAUGAGGGGCGUUCACAUCAGAUGGGUAUCCAGGUACUCAAAAAGAGAAUACAAAUAGCAACAAAUAGUGCUCUCAAUAAGACAGUAAAAAUAGUGUAGAAUUAAUCAGAAUUAUACUCACAAGAGUAGAGCAGGCUCACUGCUCUAUGUUGAUAGCGUUGGUGGUAUGAAUCCCACCAGGGAUAUUCUUGAGAGUAGAGAUGAUAAAGAUGAUAAAAAAGAUAAAAAUGCCAGGAGGUAUGAAUUAUAAAAUAAGGUAUUAAAUAUAAACUUAACGCCAGAUGCGACUAAGGUGUUGGUUCAUUCCACUGUCCUUUCCCGCCUUGACUACUGUAAUCCGCUUCUCAGUAGUCUUACGUGCUCCCAACUUGCGCCGUUACAGUCCAUAAUGAAUGCGACAGCGAGGCUCAUCAUCCUGUCCGCCCGCACCUCCCAUGCCUUACCCUUCUGUCAGUCCCUACAUUGGCUUCCCAUAAAAUACAGAGCUCAAUUUAAAAUUCUGGUUCUUGCUUUCAAAUCGCUACAUAAUGCUGCUCCCACCUAUCUAUCCUCCCUUAUACACAAGUAUGACCCGUCUAGGCCCUUACGAUCUGCUGAAGACUUACGUCUAUCUUCUGUCCAUACUCCAACCUCUGAUGCUCGCCUUCAAGAUUUCUCGAGGGCUGCACCGUUCCUAUGGAACUCGCUUCCCUCCUCCGUUAGAUGCUCACCCAGUCUCCACUUCUUCAAAAAAUCGUUAAAAACCCACUUCUUCAUAAAAGCGUAUCAAUUAAACUGUUAAUAGCUCCUGACUGAUUCCUCUUCUGCAACUGUCACUAGUCUGAUACUAUCCUUACCUUUUUGUGUCAUUUUACCCCACUCCCUCUAGCAUGUAAGCUCAUUGAGCAGGGCCCUCAACAUCUCUGUUCCUGUGUGCCCAACCUACAUUAUCGUAUCAAAAAUCUAUCAGUACUCCCCAAGGCUGUAUCUAAACAAAAUAUACAUAUAUACAUCGAAGAAAUGCAUGCAAAACAAGAAGUGCUGUGACUACUUAUAGAGCCUGAACUGUGAAAUGCAGAAAGGCGGUGACGGUGAUGGUGAAGGUGAUGGUGAUACUGAAGAGAAGAGAGAGAUCAUAAGUAGACUACUGUCACACAUUUUGUUAAAACCAUAACUAAAACCAGACUAAUAUUAUAUUAUGGUAUAAUACACAAUCAUGUAUUCCUGACCCUGUAGUGUUAAAAAGACCAUCUAGCCCCUCUGCCCUAACCUCCCCUUAUCCUCUAUAAACAUAGCAAAAUCUUACCUUUUUUGCAGGCUGCUGCUGCUGGCUUUGCUCCUGGUCUGCCUGUUUGUCUGACAUCAUCAGACGUGGUGAUCUGAGCCAAUCACAAUGCUUUCCCCUAGCAAAGCAUUGGAUUGGCUGGGCUUGUCAAGUAGGCAGAUCAGGGGAAGAGCUAGCACAAGCCAAUCACAGCCCUGGCCAAUCAGCAUCAAUGCAUCUCUAUGAGGACAUUUCAGUGUCUCCAUGCAGAGGGUGAAGAUACUGAAUGUCAGUCACACUGUGCAGCACUGUCCCAGGAAGCACCUCUAUUAGCCAUCACUAGGAGUGGCCAGAGGAUGUAUCCCUAGACUGCAAUGUAAACACUACCUUUUCUUUAAAAAAUCAGGUUCACUGCAAAUAAACCGAAGGGAAUGAUUAUACUCAACAGAACAAAUACAAUAAGCUGUAGUUGUUCUGGUAACUAUAGUUUCCCUUUAAUCUGGCUUUUUCACUUCUGUGGUUCUGGUGACUUGGUUAAGAAUUUAGGUGAUUAGUCCCUUUUUGACACUCCACUCUAUACUCUUUGCAACAUUUCAGUGUUAAUAUGUAAAAAUGUUCUACCAGCUGCUUGUUACUAUAAUUAUCAAUCAGUAACACUAUCACAUUGCAUGCUUUAUAUACUUUAUAUAGACAUCUCUCUCCUCUUUUCAGUGUUGGACCCACUCCCAGUCAUUCUGACUUCUUCCACCCUCUUUUGGCUGACUGCUGUUCAUUCCUCCAUUUUAUUAACGUUCUCUUUGUCUGUGCUGGAUCUGCUACGCUGGUAAGAAGAACUUUACUUUUAACUCUUUCAAUGCUAGAGGAAGCAGUACACACACUUCUGGCAAUCAAAGAGUUGGAUUAUGCUAUUAAAACCAAAUACAAUGUGCAGUGUCUGAUUAGCAGUAAUGUGGAAUAAGGUGCAGUGUGUAACGACAAUAUUAACUAGCGCUACACUAACUUCACAGCAUUAACUUGUUGAGUGUAAACCCCAUGAUGUUAAGGAAACAGCAUUGAUAGUUGAUCUUUAAAGGAAUAGAAACUUACUGUUGAUGGGGCUGUGCGACAGGCGGGGGCUCUACGCAAAGUCUGCAGUAAAAACACUAACUGUUGUUGAGUGUUACAAUAAUAUUCAGCCCCCAUAUUGAUAGCUGAGCUUCAUGGGAAUUGCAGUUAUAGACUGGGCUUGUGGCCACUACAGUGCGCACUAACUUUUAUGGUUGACUGCAGCUCACAUGAUACACAGCCAGCUACUGGCUGCUUAGUAUGGAAAUUGUAAGUUGGGAUAGCUGUGGCUAAUGUUUACUAUCCCAGCUAUUGUUAACUAAAUUUCCCAUGUUGCACAGGUACAUACUUGUCUUUUAGCUACUGCUACCUAUCAGAUAAUGCUUUUUAUUAAUGAUUAACUAAAAUUUACCUCCCACCAAGACACCACUCUCUUAAGCCAGGAAGGGUAGGCAAUGGUGAUGAGGAUUUGGGAUGGGAGAGGAGAAGGGGGUGGGGGGCACAUAUUUUGUCUCCCCCUGGAAAAAAUCCCCACAAAUAUAUGGCUUUUUUUUUUUUUUUUAAAGACAAAAUGACUCGGGCGAAACUAAUGACUUCGCUCUGCCCAUGUCUAAUUAAUUUAAUAACAUAAACUAACAUUAAAAAAGCUCUUCCAUUUUUAUUUAUCCAUCAUUUGUCCAUCAUUAUUUUGUUUUUAUUUUUCCACCCGUGCAUCAUAUUUAUAUCUGCUUACCUGUUUAUUUUCACGAGUAACUUUGUUGUAAGGUCAUCUCCGGAGUGUUUAACACCAACCUCUUUUCUUUUAACCCAGCUAUCAGCUUUUGUUGAUAAAUCAGUGGGAACAAUGGACACACCAUUCUCUGGACCAGAGACCUACAUGCAGGAAUUUAAUUCAAAAGAUUAUUAUGAAUCAUACUAUUCAUCAAACAAAGGUGAAUUGCGAGGAGAAUGGACAGAUUUUGUAUUAAGGAAUUUUCAUGAAAUCUUCUCUUCAGGUAACAUAAUAGAAUAUGAAUAAUCAUUGAAUAAAACAUUUUAAUAGAUAAAAAGUGAAUAUUAUAAUAAAACAAAAUAUGUAUUUUUUUUCUCAAUCUAUACACAAGCAUACAAAACUAUGCGGUAUUUCUUUUUCAAUGAUUCUCUAUGUUUAUCUUAUAAAACCAGUUUGCUACUUUGCUAUAUUUCCUAGAUUAGAAGUGAUAAUCCUCAUGUGUAAUGGAACUAUAAUUCACAUGAUAGCUUAUCAGGCACUUUAACUAUGAUGAACACCUCGCCAGUUGUAGUUUUGCACUCCUGGCUUUUUGGUCAUUUGUGAUGUUAUGUGUCCUUUAAGCCUUAUGAUUUUUAUAAUCAUAAUUUUUUUUAAAUUUAUAUUAAGUUUAUUCUCUUCAAGCAAAUAUCCAUAAACUUAUUAUACAUAAAAUUAUAUAAACAAAUAUGCAUUUUAUACAAAUCUUACAGAUAACACAUAUCAUCAUGUGAAUUCUACAUACAGUCAUUCCUAUAAAGAGAGAUUACAAGUCUAUAGAAGGCGUAAUAUACAAUUACCUCAAAUUUAUCACGAUAUAGCCUAUGGAGAUAUGGAGAUUUAUUUAAAAAAAAAAAUAAUAAUAAAAUCACAAAAUAUACCAACAAUAAUAACCAAACAAAAAAAAAGGAAAGAAAAAAGAAAAAGGAAGAAGAAGAAAAGAAGUGGUCUUUUAUACGUAUACUUAUUCUCUUAUAUGUUAUCACCUGGAAGGGUAUCAAGUACCGUACAUAUAGUAGUUAAAGUGGCACUAUAGUCACCCAGACACCCAUAGCAGGGUUAAUCCAACCUCUAGAGGCUGUCUUCCUGACAGCCACUAGAGGCGCUUCUGCGACACUGGAUGCGAUUUUCGCAUCCAGUGUGCAGAGCAUCCAUAGGAAAGCAUUGAGAAAUGCUUUCCUAUGGACUAUUUGAAUGUGCACGCAGCACUUGCCACGCAUGCGCAUUCGGCUCCACUUGGGAGCUGACUUUGACGUGGGGAGGAGAGGUCACCAGUGCUGCGGGAGCCCCGUUUUAACCGGUUUUAACCCCUUCAGCGCCAAGGGACCCUGAGGGUGGGGGCACCCUUAGGGCACUCUAGUGUCAGGAAAACGGGUUUGUUUUCCUGACACUAUAGUGAUCCUUUAAUUAGGGUUAUUCACUAAAGUGAGAAUUGUCAGAAAUUCAAAGUGAAUUUUCAACUUAAUGCCUUAGUGACCAGACCACUUUUCAAUUUUCUUACCGUUUGGGACCUGGGCUGUUUUUACAUUUCUGCAGUGUUUGUGUUUAGCUGUAAUUUUCCUCUUACUCAUUUACUGUACACAUUACAUAGUAUUUUUCUUGCCAUUAAAUGGUCUUUCUAAAGAUACCAUUAUUUUCAUCAUAUCAUAUAACUUACUAUAAAAACAAUUAUAAAAUAGGAUGAAAAAAAUGUUAAAAAAACACUAUUUUGAACUUUGACCCCCAAAAUCUGUAACACAUCUACAACCGCCAAAAAACUCCCUUGCUAAAUAAUUUCUAGAUUUUAUCCUGAGUGUAGAAAUAUGUGUAAUGUUAACAUGUUCUUAGCUUUUUUGGAAAGUUAUAGGGCAUUAAGUACAAGUAGCACUUUGCUAUUUCCAAACCAUUUUUUUUUUUUCAAAAUGAACGCAAGUUACAUUGUAACACUGAUAUUUGUCAGGACUCCCUGAAUAACCCUUCACAUGUAUAUAUUUUUUAAAACAAAACAACCUAAGGCAUUAAACUUGGGGUAUUUUGACAAUUUUCAUGCUCUUUUCAUGCAACCAUUUUAUCACCACUUAAGGACCGUUUUUUGUCGGAUGUACCUCAUACGUCUGUGGUCCUUAAGAGGUUAAGACCAAAGUAUCUGAACAAGAAGCUGACUUGGAGGAUGUUUAUAGUUUGGCUAUUUUGGCCUUAAAUUUGAAUUUUCAAUUUGCCUUGAAUUCCUGACAGUCCUCACUUUAGUAAAUAGCCCUGUUAGUUGUCAUAGUAAGUGUUCGUUCUAGGCAGUUUUUCCUAAGUUUGCAUCAAUACAAAUAGAUCUGUAAGAUGAUUUUAUAAUAUUUUGUUUACCAUCGUUGCAAGUUACCUUUACCGUGCUGACAGUAAUUUCCUCACAUAGUAAAUUUUUGUAAUCAUAUAAAGAAUAAACAAAUCAAAGCUGUACAAGAAACAUGGGUAGACAUUGCUUCUCUCACAUCCAAACAUUGCACACUUGCACAGCACGCACUGGUCUGAACACAGGAUAGGAUUUUCUUUUCAACUGUACAUAGGUAAAAUUGUUUCACACUAGGAUGAAUGACAAAAUGCCUGCUAACCCAAGUGCCAAUCUCCUUAUCUCCCACUCAUUUUCCCCAGUGAUUUUGGCAGAACUCUCUGCUAGCCAUAGUAUAAAGUUAAAACUGUUCUGACACUAUAACCAAUGACCCAGGCAAUCUCCCUCUUAAACACACUGUAACAUCUACGGGUCUGUCUCCCUCAAGGGCUUAAGUCAAAGUGUCUAUAAAAAUCCUAACUGGAAGUAUUGUUGCUUUAUUCUUAUUUUUCUGUUCUAUUGGUAACUUUACUGUGAAUAAAAUAAUUUAGUGGCAGUCCCCUACCCAUCAAACAUAUUUUGAUGCUACCUCUUGAUUGGACUGAAGAUACAGCCAACAUGAUUGUGCAGACCUCUUGCGAGUCGGUUCACCUGACAUUCUGCCUAACAACAAUUAGAAAAUCAGAAAUUCUUCCAAUCACAUGACCAACCCCAAAUCUCGAAGUCUAAUUUUUUGUAUAUGUUGUAUGGAAUCCUGGGAGAAUAGUGUUUUAAAUUUUGGAAUUGCUGUAUUGGCAGGAUUUAUGUUAAUUUUGAUAUAUACUUCCAAUAGAGCACCUUUUUCAUAAAAACUAGGUUAUAGUCAAGAACAAUCUAUUUUAAUUCAUAAAUUGAAUUUGUAUCUCAGAGCAUAGAUCAACAUGAUAGCUAAUUACUGUAAUAAUUUACUAUAUAUAUAUAUAAUAUUGAUUUUCAUAUAUUUACAGACUUCCAACCAAUCCUCUUCCAUUAGUCUGUAGUUUGUAGAUGCUCCUCUUUUUCUAGACUAGAUUUUUACUUGCUGCAACAAAUGUAGUUAAGCUCAUUCCUGGGAUGUGAAAAAUUGCAACUAAACUUUGUAAUGGUCAAUGUAAUUUAAAUAUGGGCUAGUAUAUCUUAAUCUUACACCGAGGGCUAGAUGCUACUAGGGAUCAAUUACAAAUUACACGUAAAGAUUUUACCUGCUUUUCUUCCUACCAAAACUGUUUGUUGGAGCAGCAAUGUCGGUCGUCAUAUACAAUGAGCAUGUUUGACAGAUUGCACAAGAGAUGGAGCUGUAUCAGACCUACACAGAUGUAGAAUAAAGUACUGUUUGUCCCUGUUUCUGCAGGGCUCUACAACUAACUAACUAACUAACUCAUGUUCUAAAACACAAUUUUCUGUACUUUUAUUCUGAUCCAAUUCCUUAUUUGUUGCGGGUAAAGUUUAUUGGAAUCUUACUCAAGUUCCUACAGCAAACACAACUGACAUGGCUAACAUAAAAAUAAACAUAACUUUUGGUCAGUGUUUGUGACUAAGUGGCUACUAAAAAAGACUGGACAAACCCCGUUUGCAAUACCUUGGGUUGUCUACUAUUGCAAAUGGUAUGACAUCAUAGGGGUAAUUUUCAUUCUUGGGCUACCAAAGGGUCUCAAAGGCACCGUAACCAAUCUGGCAAAUUUUAAUGUGAAAAAAAUGAAACGCAAGCCUUGUAUUUGACAGUGUAACUUUUGAAAACACCAUAAAACCUGUACAUGAGGAAUACUGUUGAACUCGGGAGACUUCGCUGAACACAAAUAUUUGUGUUUCAAAAAAGCAAAAAGUAUCACAGCAAUAAUAUCGUCCGUGUAAGUGCUGUUUGUGCAUGUAAAAUGCAAAAAACGUCACUUUUACUGGCGAUAUCAUCGUUGUAAUACAUUUUACUGUUUUGAAACACUAAUAUUUGUGUUCAGCGAAGUCUCCUGAGUAGAAUAGUACCCCCCAUGUACAGGUUUUAAGGUGUCUUGGAAAGUUAUAGGGUUAAAUAUAGUUCUAGCAAAUUAAAUUCCCUUUACUUUCGGCAUGGGUUGUCAGGCAGGUCCCGCUAAUUGUAAUUAAUUAAGAUACCUAAUUAUGUAAAAAUAUUACAUAAAUAUAUAUGUAGAAUUAAUAUAUGUAUAUAUAUACGUAUGUGAAUCUAUAUGUGUAUAUAUAUAUCAUUUUUAAAACAUAUUUUUAUUUAUAUAUCGGUAUAUAUAUAGUGAUAUAUACGUAUAUAUUUAUGUAUGUAGAUAUAUAUAUUAUUUCGUUCUACGUGUAUUUUGAUAUAAAUAUAUAUAUUAAUAUCACAAUACAGUUAGAACGAAAUAACACACAUCUAUAUAUUUUUUAAUUAUUUUGUUUAAUUAUUUUUUUAAUUUUAUUUUUUAACGUAUUUACAUAUUUAAUUUUUUUAUAUUAUAUAUAAAUAUAUAUAUAACAAUAAUUAUAUAUAUAUAUAUAUAUAUUUAAUCAGUAUCAGUCUACGUGUAAUUUGAUAUUAAUAUAUAUAUAUAUAUAUAUAAUUAUAUAUAUAUUAAUAGUAAAAUACACCUAGACUGUGUGUGUGUAUGUGUAUAUGUGUAUAUAUAUACUUAGAUCAUAUAUAUGGGAAGGCGGAGCCUGGAGUUGUGGGAGGGGUUGCAACCGGCCUAUAUAAACCCACUACUUACCUCCAUACCUUGCUGACAGUGCUUGGUCACUUCCUGUUGCUUGAGGUCAGCAUCAGAAUGAUUUCUACUUCCGGGUCAUCCAGACGCCAUUUUACCUGCUUACUCCAUGAGGUUUUCUAAGCUGAGCUGUGUCAGAAAUCCAGCCACAGGCUUUUCCGGCCUACCAGCUUUUUCUUCAAUCUAUCGCUGUGGAUGGUGUCCAAGUGGCUCACAAACCGUAAGUCGACCUACCCAUUACGCCAGGCAUCAGUUGCACGGGUCAGGUCCUCACUUUACAGCUGCAUUUUGUCUAAAUCUGUCCUAAAACCAUUGCAUGUUCAUGCAUAUCAUUCGUUUAAAUUAACUUUUUUAUAUCUGUCACUGGCUCAUUUUGAGCUUUAGCAUACUCCCAAACGGGAACACAUUCUGUUUCAAUUACCUAAACAUACUAGGCAAUUCUGUGCGUGCAUUUCAAAUCUCACUGCUCGUUUUGUUUGGUUUCCCUGACAUGCCAGGCUCACGGUUCGUGCAAUUUACUACCAAACGGGAACUAGUUCAUGCAUUUACUACUGUACUACACACACGUUUUGUGCGUUUACAACCCACUAACGGAACUUUGGUUUGUUACAAUGACUGUUAUUAAGCUAUUAUGUUCACAUAUUGUAUAUUGUCAAACGGGCACUGUUUGUUUCCCUGUCAUACAACUAUAAUGCUGGGGCAUAGCUCACGAACAAUGUUUCAUGUAAACCACACUGACCCCUACAGGUCACUCUCAAAAUCUCACGUUAACCUUGCAUUUGGAUUAACCCCUUAAGGACCAAACUCUGGAAUAAAAGGGAUUCAUGUAUCCUGAAGGGGGUUAAAGGGUAUUUUACCAUACAAUCAGCAUUUCUGAACCCUACUGGUCAACAUCAAAACUGUCUUCACAUGUCAUAUACAAUUACUAGCCAAUAUCAAUUACACAUAAGAUUGUUUUAAACCUAACCAUAAAUUAAACUCCAGCACUGGCUCAACAAUUUGUCUUUCACAUCAAGACUAACAGUUGUUCUAUCAACACUGCCACCUACAGGUCUGUCAAGUACAUUGACAAUUUUCAUGGGGUUUUACAGACACCAAAAACACUGACCCCUAUAGGUCAACAGAUAAACAACAUUUCACAUACCAAUCAGCAUCAACUACACUACCACCUAUAGGGCACUCGGCAGUUCUCCAGUACACUUGCAUUUUGCAACACCAUGUUCACUGACCCCUACCAUUCAAUAAGGCAUACAACAAUUCACAGAGCAAGUAGUAUAAAUACACAUAUUAUUACAAAGUAGCACACGCAUCUGUAUAUACGUAACGGGUAAUAUAGUUCACAUACAUUUUUCAUAGCACGCUGCUCACACAACAGACUUUCCCCUAGCAAUGGGACAUACAACAUCCAAGGUGGGAACAGACCACUUUUCACUUGUACAUACGGCACUUAAUGGGUUAAGAUUGAUACAUAUUUAACCAGUAUGGCUAUGAUGAUUAAUAUUUACAUGUCACGGCACUUUACUUUUCACAUAUACUGUAUGUUUUAAGAUAAGCUUGGUCUAUGCCAUUUUUCCUUAUGCCAUACGAUUUUAUCCAUUCAGGUUACAGUUACUACUAAAAAACCUAUACGGAUUGUCAGGUUCAAUACCAUACUACCAGGUACGUACACCUGCUCACGUAGUUAUCCAUCUCUUACCUUCCCUGGAAUAGUAAUAGUGUACUGGCAAUUAGGGUUCUAGGGCCCAAUAGGUAUUACCCCCUUUUUUCUCUGCUUUAUGCUUCGGUUAGUGGUCCCGCGAGGCCAACAACCCGCCUCACACACGGAGGCAUACAUCCCUCGGGCCACUCGUGAACUAGCCGCCUCGCAUUGUAUCAUAGAGAGGGCCUCACCUGUCACUCCCCUUCCUAUUUUUCUGGUUACUGUCACCGAGAGGCCAACAUCCUGCCACAACGUUCGGUGGCCACAAAAAAUCCCCUCGCGCCAAGCAUAGAUAGAGCCUCUCAAGCCACUUGGCAACUAGCAGGGCCUCACCAGUCACCAAAAAACACCAAGCCUAAUCGUUUCGCCUUACGGCUUAGCUAGCAAGCCAGUACAAGAGCCUGGGUACAAAUAUAUAAUUGCAAUCUUUAUUGUUAUUUAAGUAUUUCCCAAAAAGAUGGUAAAGAAUCUCCUCUUCCUAGCACCCCGGCUAGAAGUGAUACACUUUCAUCUCUUACCUUCCCUGGAAUAGUAGUAAUGUAAUGGCAAUUAGGGUUUUAUGGCCCAAUAGGUAUUACCCCCUGUUUUCUCUGCUUUAUGCUUCAUUUAGUGGUCCCACGAGGCCAACACCCCGCCUCACACUCUGAGGCAUACACCCCUCGGGCCACUCGUGAGCUAGCCGUCUCGCAUUGUAUCAUAAUGAGGGCGUCACCUGUCACUCCCCUUCCCCUUGAUACACCUUCAAGCAGAGGAGAUGUGGCUCCAACCUAAGGAGGCGACAAAUCCCCUACCCUGCCACAGCAACGAACGCAGCGUUAUUCAAACUCCUCCAUACAUUAACGGAUAAAACGGAGACAGGGGAAGGCCCAGCAACACCAACUAAGGUGAAACCUAGGCCAUGCUAGCCUCACUCAAACUCAUGAGCCAAAAAAUUUAAGACAGACGAAAUUCGGUUACCGGGUACAAUCAAUUCUUGGUACAAGACGUUAACCCUGCACAUAUGAUCCCGGUACAUUGGAGAAACAAGGCAUAAAUAUGUAUGAUGCUGUAUCUAUGAUGGUCAGACCCAGAGAUUCCAGGUAAAUCGGGAACAGACCAUCCCUUGGUUGUGUUGGCAUUUUGAAUAUGUAGAGAUGCUUAUUUGUGCAGGUACCCAUACAGAAGGGAUUUUCUCCCAAACAAAUGGACGAGCACUCUCAGGCUCCAGGUACCAGCACCUCUGAACUACCAGAGACAAUUGGUAUGAGUCGUUGCAUUGCAUAUAGAAUGUUGCAUAUACGUUCAAAUCAUUCAGGGCACAUGACAAACCAUGUGUCCCAAUACAACUUACAAAUAACGUACUCACCAUCUGUACACACCAAUCCAUUUUCAACACUACUAACUCAUCACCCUUCCAGACUUGUAGUAGAUUUACUAAAGCUCCGGAGCUUCAAAGGGCUCCCAUACAGGUAUCAUACAUACACCUUCAAGGAAUAUAGCAUGUCCUCACUUACAGUCAGCACACAGAACCAUCGGCUGUAAACACACUCAUAGCCAAGAAUAACAGAGGGGUUUUUACUUGGGUUUUCCAAUCUCCACCAUUUACAGCAUGGCGCCAAACACAAACACAUUGGUAUUGUCACAAGGGAAUCUUCCCUUAAACAAAGACUAACCAUAGACUUAUUGGCACCACACACCUUCGCUACCCCAAGUCUCAACUCCCUCAUACCCUCCGAAGAGUUUCCUUACUAUACACACCAUUGAUCUACCUUUACAGCUAUCACUCAAGCAUGGGUUGAAGCUUGGUUAAGUAAGACCAAUAUUAUCAACACAGUAAAUGGCUACCAUCUACCCUACACACUGGCACUUACAUGGCAUAAAAAUAGGCAAUUCUUUCCCCACUAAAAGCAGCUCCUGUGGAAUGGUCAUGGUCAGGGUCAUCAAUCCAUUGUUACUCAGACAACUAAGCACAUGGCAUAUCAUCAACAACUUCGCCAUGAGACUAGCUUUCAUCUCACGUCUACUCGGUUUGUUACCCAACUUACCCAACAACAACAGCAGGGUUACACUGAACAUUCAGGCUAGGGCGCAUCUGACCAGGUGGUACCAUUUCCUGUCAGACUGGAAUGGGAGAAACUUGUUCAUACCACCGUUGACAUUAAACUCCCCUGUGUUAUGGACGGAUGCUGCAGGUUACGCAGGUUUCACAGCCAUCUUCGAAGACAGGUGGUUGAGGGACGCUUGGCCUAGCAAAGCACUAGGAUUACCCACUUUCACAAAGACUUCGGCACUGUUUGAGAUCUACCCCAUAGUGGCAGCAGCUAAAGUCUGGGGCCACUUAUGGGUAGGCAAAGCUGUCAAAUGCUUCUCUGACCUCAUGGCGGCUUGCGAGAUUCUGAACAAAGGCAGGUCUUCUUCACUAACCAUCAUGAACCUGGUCAGGAGACUCACAUGGUUGGCAGCCACAAAAAAAUUUUUUUUUUUUUCCUGACUUGCAUACACGUGCCAGGUCACCAUAAUUCAGCAGCUGACACACUAUCCUGUUCAAAAUUACAGGUUUUCAGACAGCUACACCCAACAGCAGAGGAACAGCCAAGAAAGGCGCCGCUGUUCAGAGACCUCAUCCUGGACUAAAAUUACUCAUGGAGCACGGGAGGGCACUAGCACAGGCCUCACUUUCCCCAAACACCAGACGCAUGUACAACCGAGCCUUAAUGUUAUUCAACAAAUUUGUUUCAGAAUACAUCAUUACGAAUCCUUAUAGGUUAGAUACUAUGGUGGCUUUCACCUCUUUUUGCCAUCUCAACUUGAAACUGGCACACAACACCAUAAAACUCUAUUUAACUGGAAUACAGCAUCAUUUAAGCAACACAUAUUCCAGUAUAAAAAACUUCCUAUCAGCACACCCCAUUAAAAUAUGCUAAAAGGCAUCCAACGCCUAGAAAACCUAAAACCUACUAGAUGGCUACCAAUUGACGCAGAGAAAUUCAGGGCAUUGUCUGACAUGUUAGAUACCAAACCCUUUGAUAAUCACACCAAUAACACACUCAAAACAGCCAUAUACCUGGCAUUUUAUGCGUCCCAACGAACUCACCUUAAGCAACAUCAACAAUAAGGGAAAUAUACUGUGUGUGUCACACAUAAACAUAAUAGGUGAUCACUACACAUUGACAUUAAGACAUUCAAACGAAUCAAAUGGGUCCGCACCUUGACAUUCAAUUUUACCCAACCGGCAAUCAUUGGUGCCCCGUACAACUAUUCGACAAAUACAUGGCAGGUAUGGCUUAUCAACCCAAACAAGCUCCUCUCCUCACAAUACACAGUCAACCCCUGACUACAUCAAAAUUCGUCAAAUACGUGAGAUUAUUAUGUACAAGAAUCGGGUACGAUCCCACGGCAUAUACAGGCCACUCCUUUCGUAUCGGAGCGGCAACAUCAACCUCCAGCCAAAACGUACCAGUUCAUAUUACCGUUACAUACCUCAACCUGAGAAAGAGUUGAGACAAGCUUUUAAACAAUUGGCAAAGUAGGGAAGCUCGGGUAAUAAUGUAUGUGUAUACGUAUUAAGUGUGGAACUGAUACUUCUCUUUUGCCCUCUUUAUUUACAGGCUGACCCGUUCGUCGGUUUCGGCACACUACAACCGACUUAGUAUAUUAGACUAAUGAUUAGAGGUAUAGGUCCACAUAAAUACGGCCUUCUUCCCUGACCACAAAUGGGAAGGCGGAGCCUGGAGUUGUGGGAGGGGUUGCAACCGGCCUAUAUAAACCCACUACUUACCUCCAUACCUUGCUGACAGUGCUUGGUCACUUCCUGUUGCCCCACCCACCACUCCACAAAAGGAAUCAAUUAAUUGGUUGGCCCUCUUUAUUUACAGGCUGACCCGUUCGUCGGUUUCGGCACACUACAACCGACUUAGUAUAUUAGACUAAUGAUUAGAGGUAUAGGUCCACAUAAAUACAGCCUUCUUCCCUGACCACAAAUAUAAUAUAUAUAUGAUCUAAGUAUAAUUUUUUUUUUUUUUACACUUAAAAUUUUAUUUUCAUUUUAUUUCUAGCCAGCAGGGGGACCACCUGUAAUUACAGGCAGCCCCCCUGCUGGCAAUACAGAAGCCAGCUAUCCCGGCCAUGUGAUUGUGAGGUCCUCGCAAGGACCUCACUCUCACAUGGCCGGGGGGCACCGGAGGAGGAGGAUCUGCCGCGGGGGGGCUCCCUGGGAGUCCCCCCCACCCCGAUCGCCGGCGGUCCCACGGGUAAGUAAACAAAAACCGGAGGGCGUACAAUUACGCCCGGCGGCGUUUAGAGCCGCCUAAAAUAGGGCGUAAUUGUACGCCCUCCGGUCUUAAGGGGUUAAUGAGAUAACAUUUGUCCCAGGAUGUAUAAAUACUGCGUGUAUUAGGGGGUGUUUAUGUUCAGUUUAAGGUGUACACACUUGAAAUAUCAGUCUGUGAAAGAUGUGAGUCAUAAUCCACAGGCUAUUCUUAUUCUAUAUCAGUCCAUAUCCAUUGUUCACAAACCAGUCCUUAAAGGGACACUCCAGGCACCCAGACCACUUCUGCCCACUGGAGUGGUCUGUGUGCCAACUCCCACUACUCUUAACCCUGCAACUGUAAUUAUUGCAGUUUUUUAUAAACUGCAAUAAUUACAUUGCAGGGUUAACUCCCCCUCUAGUGGCUGUCUACUAGACAGCCACUAGAGGGCACUUCCUGAUUCAUAACAAAGAUUUUCUUUGCUAGAGCGUCGCUGGAUGUCCUCACGCUGUGUGAAGACCUCCAGCGUCGCUCAAUUCCCCAUCGGAAAGCAUUGAAAAUCUUUUUCAAUGCUUUCCUAUGGGAAGACCUAAUACGCGUGCACAGCAUUGACGCACAUGCGCAUUAGGUUUCCUCAGUCUUGCCCACCAGCUGACGUGAUUACUGGGAGGAGCGACGCUGACCCAAAACCACCGACAAGGGACAUCGGCGGGGUCACCCCUUCAGCUACCUGGGAUGAGAGGUGGGAGGGAGAGGGUACCUGCAGUGCCAGGAAAAUGGAUUGUUUUCCUGGCACUGGAGUUUUUCUUUAAGGCAUGCUAACAGUCUUGGACUUGGGCGUUUCCCAAGUCUGAUCCAAUGGGGAUACCGAUGAAAUUUGGACACUUGGCGUACCUUGAUGACUGAGUUGGGAACCAGAGAUUUAGAAGACUGUCCACAUGAUGCAAGAAGUAUACAUUGUUGAAACGUAGUUUUGCUUAGAGUCACCAUUCUUGCACACCAAGUGUAGCCCAAACCAGGGAACACAAUUGAACUUUUGGAAAAGUUGGGAAAAAUAAUAAGCAAAAAUAAUAAUUUAACAGCAAACUAAACAUCAGUUGACCCUGUGACAUAAAACAGUCAAACACAUCUACUUAUAUCGGAUGUUUUAGCCCAGAUGCCCUCGAUUUUUAUAUAUUUUGAAUUCUCGAGAGCUGGGCAAACCAAAAACAAGGAUAUGUUGUUUUAAUUUCUUAUAGUUACCCUUUAAGUCCAGUAUUGUCAAAUAUUUAUGUAGGGUAAUUAUGGAAAAAUGGAAAUAGAACAUCUUUAAAAUAAAAAAAAAAAUGUUUAGUGGAAUGAAUAGCAGAUAUUUAACAGAGAAACAUUCAAUGUAUUUAAACUUUAAAACAUAUAUUUUUAUCCUGUGGAUCCAAAAGAAGUCAAAUUACCCAAUUUGAAGUGAUAGCCAAUUAUGCCAAAAUGGGGAAAUUAUUCCUUCUUGACUGCAUAAUGGAAACAAGACUUCUCCUGGGAUCAACAACACACAUACUGAUUAAAAAAAUAUUCAUGGUCAUGAUUAAACAAAAAAAAUAUAUUUAUUUCUUGAAAUUUUUCUGCAGAAUUGUCAUUUUAUAUAUCUAAAUAUAUACUUUAUCUUAAAAGGAGAUGUUAAAGGAGACACACUAAUUGAUGUCGGUGCUGGACCAUCAAUCUAUGACCUGCUGUCAGCUUGUGAAGUCUUUACCAACAUUAUCACUUCUGACUUCCUGGAGCAAAAUCUCACCGAACUAAAGAAAUGGCUGACGAAGGACUCUAAUAUGUUGGACUGGACUCCAUGUGUAAAAUUUGUUUGUGAUCUAGAAGGGAAAAGGUACGAUCUAUCCAAUAAUGAAGAUUUAAUAAGGAACUAAAGAAUGCAGUUUUAUAGUAAUGCUAGGAGGUAACAAGUUUAUGGUGCACAUAUGAGUGUUGAGCCAAAAAACCACAAGGAAAAAUGCUAAGUUAAAUUGUGAUUGAACACCUCUCAAAUGAUAUGCAAACAUAACCACGGACAAUAUAUUUUUAAUAAAAUAUUCUGUUUUAGAAAAAUGUUCUUCCCUUCCAAGCAUAAUGAGAUUAAUUCAAUAAACAUAGGAGCAUUGCAAAUUAAAAAAACAAAUUGCAAAGUUUAGUCAAAAAAGUGUUGACUUAAAAAAAAAUAUCCAACCCAGCCACAGAAGUCAAAUUAAAAAUACACCAUCGAUAUUUUAGCCUUUAUUUUUAUAAUGUAUUUCAAUUCUCUAUACUAUGACAUUUAGUGAAUAAAUGGCAAUGUGAGUACUUUAUCACAAUUUAUUUUUUGUAAAUAUCUGUUUAUUAAUAGAAAAGUUUUCAUAGGUAAUAAUGAAAGUCAUAACGUGCAGAAACACGCGGGUCCCCUAAACAGCAUGCAGUUAUGUCAGGGUUAUGAGAUGCACAGAUCUCUUGGCAUAAAAACAAACCAAUGACACACAGAUCUCAGAUAAUAAAAAAUAGCCCAACAAGGUACUGGGGCUUGAGGUAAUUUAGCUCAAUACAUAGAGGUCAUCAUAUCUGGAAAUGAUUGAGACACUGUUAUCUUAUCUCUGCAUCUUUAUAGUGUCAACAGGUCUUGUGUUUUUUAACAAUUGUCUCCCCCCUCUGAACUUUAGAAGCAUAAUUAAAACACAAACAAGUAAUAUAUAGAGAAUUAGGAAAAAUAAGAUUAUGAACCAGAUGUAAUGUGAUGGCAAUGCAUCUAGGCCAACCCUUUUCUCACCAGAUUCUUGUAGCAUACAGGUGUAGUCACUGUUUAGGUGGUUUCAAGCUUUGGGAGAACUAGAAAUGAAAAUGUGGAGCUCCCACUGGGGACGUCUGGGCCUUUUUGGUGGCACCAAAUACCUUCUUCUAUAAUGCGUGAAGGCUUCAGAAUACUCCUCCACAAUGGAUAUAUGAAGAUAGAAACACAAAAGAGAGCAAUCUAGGUGUAACUUGUUUUUAACAGGUAAGUAUAUGCUUAAUACAGGUUUUUGCUCACCUUCCUUUAAGCCUGUUAAAUAACUGGCUCCAAAAUUUUCACUUAGUGUCAAAUUCUAGGGUGACACUUCCCUGCAGGAACAAGGAUAUAAAUGGAAGAAGGACAUUGCUGGUAUAAACUGGAUUUAUUUCCCAAAAUAUUUUAAAAGUAGAUAAAAUAUAAACAUAUAUCAAAACCAAAUAAAACAAAAGCAAUAAGUCCGUAUUUUCUGAAUGAAGUCCAAGACGCGUUUCGCCGAUGGGGCUUUUUCAGUUGGUAUGGACAAAGGUUUUCCCGGUUCCAGUUUAAAGGGCUUGAGAGCUCCUCCUUCUCUCUUGAUUCACCAAUAGAUAUUCGGCAUCAGCUGUUUCUAACUUGCUAGGUGUCCAGAAUCCUUUCUUUCUGAUUGAUCGGAAAACCAGAAGUGACGCCUGUUCUUACUCCGUCACGCCACUUCCGGAUUAUCGUUCACAACUACAUUACCCAUCAUGCAACUAUUAGUGAAUUGUGCCACCUCAAAUCCAGUUUUGUGAUCAAAUCAGAUGGGCAUUUAUAUGUCUUACCGUGUAAAGAUUAUUAAUACAAAUUAUGAUGGUUUUUUUCUAUGUUAUCUGUAGAUCAGUAAUAGAAUUUACAUUGAAAUCAGAGCAGUUCCAUAAUUUAAUAUUUCUAUUCUACAGUGCUAAUUUGGUGGAUAAGGAAGAAAAACUCCGCAAAAAUGUGAAGCAAGUUUUGAAAUGUGACGUACUGAAGAAGAAUCCAUUUGAGCCACUUGUUCUGCCAUCAGCUGAUUGUCUAAUAAGUUGUCUCUGCUUAGAGACUGCAUGUAAGGAUGUGGCUACCUAUUGUAACACCCUGAAAAACUUUAUGGACUUGCUCAAACCAGGAGGCCAUAUCAUACUUCAGAGUGCGCUAAAUGGUACAUUUUAUUAUGUUGGGGGGAAAAAGUUUUAUGGCUUGACAAUAACAAAGGAAGAAAUUGAGAAGGCCUUUACAGAAGCUGGUUAUGAAAUUGUGAAAUUAGAAGUGAAAGAACGUGAGGAUAAAUCUAGGUUAGACAUCUCCGAUUUCGAAGGCGUGUACUGCAUUCAUGCCCGUAAGCCAUGCAGUCUGUAA